UUAUCUACAUACUCCCGCUUUAGCCAGGAGCCUGCAAGAUUGGUAUUAUGCCAGGCCAUAUUCAUCAGAUCGGGAAAAUAGGUAUCGUGUCGAGGUCUGGUACUCUGACAUACGAGGCUGUGCACCAAACAACGAUCACCGGGCUUGGGCAAUCCUUAUGUGUUGGAAUUGGAGGAGAUCCUUUUAAUGGGACAAAUUUCAUUGAUUGUUUGGAUAUAUUUUUAAAUGAUCCUGAAACUGAAGGUAUAAUUUUAAUAGGAGAAAUUGGUGGUGUAGAAGAAGAAAAAGCUGCUGAUUAUUUGCGAAAAAAUAAUACUGGUUCUAGUGCAAAACCGGUGGUUUCUUUCAUCGCUGGUUUGACUGCUCCUCCUGGAAGGAGAAUGGGCCAUGCUGGUGCUAUUAUAUCUGGAGGUAAAGGUGGUGCUCAGGAGAAAAUAGAAGCAUUGACAUCUGCUGGCGUAGUUGUAACAAGAUCACCCGCACAAAUGGGUUCAACCAUUCUGCAGUAUGUGAAACCUUAAUUAUUUUGAUUAAUGCCAUCAAGCCUGUGGUCAUUUAGCAAGAUUUUCAUCCUUGCCCUCCUGGAAAACCUGCUCAGUCCAGAUCUCAAUUUGUAAAGCAGAUUGUGGCAUUGUGCAUUGUCGUAGCUGUGUGUUAAAAUUGGCAUUUUAUUGAAUGUGAAGAAAGAAAAAAAUUGUAGCUUUUGGAAUACAUCAAAUUGUUUAUAAUGUUAUUUAAUUCAAUAAAUAAAAUUUAUAGUUGCUAUAAUAAAGCUAUUUAUUUAUCCCUAAA